UCAGAUUCUCGCUCUUGAUUUGAUUCUUGUUGAGUCCGAGCUUCCGUUCUGCAGAAAUAGUGCAUGGGACCGGGGACACGAGCCCUAAGGCUCCUGGUUCUCUUGCCGAGGCAUAUUAAUAACAUUGAUGUGUGGCCAAUUAGGGGAAGGAGCCAGGUCCAGCCCCUCAUGUCUAUGCUCUAGUGAUUUAUCGACAGUAAUUACUGAGGCACUUAAUGGUUAGUUUGGAUGGGAAUUAAUUCUUGGCUGGAUAAAUAAUACAUUAAGGUUUAUUUAGUCGAAUGCAAGACAUCCCUUCCAAGGCCAGUUGUGAAAGUGGAGAGAAGUGAACCUCACCGGGGAAGCCGGGCUCUGGGAAGCUACAGCCAGUAGGACGGGAUAUGUCACGAUGAGAUGCAACAGGGGGAGAGGCAACAAGCCAGGAGGUUGACAGCAUGCUCAGGACUGUAAGAAAGGACACGCUGGAAACAGGAAUAUGUUGAGUCCUAAGAUAAGACAGGCAAGAAGAGCCCGGUCAAAAAGUCUAGUGAUGGGAGAGCAAAGUGGACCUCCUGCCAGGCCAGCUUCCCCCAACCUGUCGGAUCGGGCACUGAAGUCGGGCUGGCUAAAGAAACAGAGAAGUAUAAUGAAGAACUGGCAACAACGCUGGUUUGUGUUACGUGGGGACCAGCUGUUUUAUUACAAGGAUGAGGAAGAAACCAAACCACAGGGAUUUAUUCCACUCCAAGGGAACCAGGUGACUGAGCUCCUUCCCAAUCCUGAGGAACCAGGGAAGCACCUCUUUGAGAUUGCCCCAGGUGGUUCAGGGGACCGGGAGAAGAUGCCUGUCAAUCAUGAAGCUUUCCUUCUUAUGGCUAACUCCCAGAACGACAUGGAAGAUUGGGUGAAAGCCAUCCGGCGGGUCAUAUGGGCUCCAUUUGGUGGAGGUAUUACACAUAGCUCCCAUGCUCCUAAAUUAAAACUGUUGCCUCAAGGGAUCUUUGGGCAGCGUCUGGAAGAUACCGUGCAACAUGAGAGGAAGUAUGGCAAUCGCCUGGCCCCACUGCUGGUGGAACAAUGUGUGGAUUUCAUCCGGGAGCGGGGACUCACGGAGGAAGGACUCUUCCGAAUGCCUGGUCAGGCCAACUUGGUCAAGGAUUUACAGGAUUCAUUUGAUUGUGGAGAGAAACCACUGUUUGACAGCACAACUGAUGUCCAUACGGUCGCUUCCUUAUUGAAACUCUAUCUCCGGGAGCUGCCUGAGCCUGUCAUCCCCUUUGCCAAAUAUGAAGAUUUCCUCUCCUGUGCUCAGCUGCUCUCCAAGGAUGAGAGUGAGGGCACUCUGGAGUUGGCUAAGCAGGUGAAAAAUCUUCCUCAGGCAAAUUAUAACCUUCUCAAGUACAUAUGCAAGUUUUUGGAUGAAGUUCAGGCUCACUCGAAUAUAAACAAGAUGAGUGUCCAGAACCUUGCUACAGUGUUUGGGCCAAAUAUCUUACGUCCCAAAAAAGAAGAUCCAGUGACAAUCAUGGAAGGCACAUCUCUUGUCCAGCAUCUCAUGACAAUCCUGAUUAGUAAACACAGCCAGCUCUUCAGCGCUGCCCACAGCGAUGCCCCCAGUGAUGCCCCCAGCGAUGCUCCAGCCCCCAAGCCAGAAGUCAAGUCCACUGCUCCACGUAGUGCAGCAGAAUGGAUCUUGGAGGAGCAUGUGGAGGAAGGCUGGAAAGAGACCAACCCCUCUGGUCUCACUGAUGGGCCUUCUAAGAGGACUGCUUCCCUGGACAGUGCCACCGUAGGGACCCUUCCCAAGCCUACCCAGGAGCGGAUCAGUCGGCGUACACAGACUUGCCCUAACAAAACUGCCACCAGUCCCAGUAAGAAGGUCCAAACUCUGCCCAACUGGAAGUACUCCUUCCGGCAACCAGGGGCCAAGUCAGGGAGUCCAAAGCUAGUUAGCUCUUCCUUGGACAUCAACAGCCUUCCCAGCAGUGGAAACUGGCUCAUGAAUGGGUUGUCCUCCCUUCGUGGUCACCGUCGGACCUCAUCUGGCGACAGGGCUAAAGACUCUAGCUUACCCCAGAGACUCUCCACGUAUGACAACGUGCCUUCAGGCAGUCCUUCCACAAGCGCACACAGUGUGGCCAGCAUGGCGUGGUCCACCUCUUCUUGUGAGAUCUCGGUGGUAGACUCAGUCAGCAACUGCCCAGUCUGCCAUGCCAGCGGCUCGUCACCCUGCAGCUCGGCCCGCUUUGAGUGGCCACCUCAAGGCUCCCCAAGCGCCAGCAGUGACAUCAGGCCAGCAGAACUGGGGGACAGUACUGAGAGGCUGGCAGUCUGUGUCAGCACUCUGAACGGCAGCGGCAGCGAGGGGAACAAUUACAACAGCAUGUCCAGGGACUCUGCCCAGUGCUCCCACGCCCUGCAGAGCCUGGUCACAGAGCUCAAGGCAGAACUGAGCAAACAAAGAACUGAAUAUGAAACUAGUUUAAGAAGAAUUGAGGAAGCCAGUUCCGGCUUAAAGAAACAGAUGGCACGGUUAGAAGAAGAUUUAGACCAAGAGAGGAAGAAAUUUACAAUGCUGGAAAUAAGAUUGAGAAACUCAGAGCGGGCUCGUGAGGAUGCUGAGAAAAGAAAUCAGCUUCUACAGAAGGAAAUGGAAGAGUUCUUUUCCACCCUGGGCACCUUAACUCUUGGGUCAAGAGGCACAAAGGUUCCAAAGUAAAAGCAACUAAAAAAAAAUCCAGUUUAAUUCUGCAUUUUGUUUGAUCUGGUUUCUUGUUCCUACAGAGCUGCUGUCCUAGGUAUUUGAUUGUCCGCUCAUGCAUCAUGAGUAAUACUGAAGGAAUCCCAUACUCCCUUGCUGUUGUUGUCCUGGUUUCUGUAGCGCUAUAUAUUGUAUCAGGGCUAUCAGGGAAAUUAAAGGACCAUUGAAGACCAUGCUUGAAAGUUAGAGGUAAAUAUUGCUAUUUCCAAGGGGCAGGAGGUGCUCCCCCUUUCCGGGGUCCCAGGGACCAUCAUAUGCCAUUCUAAUGACUGCAAGAUUUGAACUUGUUCUACUGCACCUUUACCAGGCUGGAGACCAGGGUUCUACACAAUGGCCUGAAGGAUGUCCAAGGGGAAAGCCUCUGAUUGCAUUCCCCAGGCAGCCAGGAAGGCAGUCAGUCCCUUCAACUCUUCUGUCAUGGUUGCACAUGCUUCCUGUAUUGAAUGAAGUGGGACAUGGAUAAUUUGCAUUCUUUAUUAAAUUUGCUUUAAAAAUG